AGCUAGAAUCAUCUUGAUAGCUCUAUAUAUAGAUUUGUCAAGAGAGAAAGUUAUAGAGAAAAAGUGAUGGCUAGUCUUCCAAGAUCAGAAGUAUCAUUCAGAAGAUCAGGCUCUUCUGGUCUUGUUUGGGAUGAUAGAUUCUUAUCAGGAGAAUUGAACAAAAUCAAUCCAGAACAACACCAACAACAACGCAACAGUACUUCUACUACUACCGAAGAUAAUAAUAAUAAUAAUAUCAAAGAGCAUCACGCCGGAACCACCAUACAGAGAAGCCGCUCCACCGGCGCUGGCCGAGGAUACCGCACCGGAAAACUCUCCCCGCCGGCAAUCGAUCCACCGUCUCCGAAAAUCUCUGCGUGCGGAUUCUGUGGUCCUUUCGCGAAAAAGAGUCGACGGUCAAAGCCCGGUACGCGUCGAUCGAGAUAGGGAUGGUCGUAUAUUGAAUUGAAUCGUGUCGAAGAUUUUCCGGUGGCCGGUAAAUAGAUGCUCCGGUGUGUGUAGGGUUAGUUGAGUUUUGAUCUCUCUGUUUUGUGUGUUUUCUUCUUUCUAUUGAGUUUGGAUUAAUAGUUUGAUUGUAAUUAUUACGUGUAUAAUACGAGUAUUUGUUUCAUGA